AUGCAAAACGAUGCCUCAAUUGAACCAGCUCCUGCCCCUGAUCUUGACAUUCUUCCAAAAUCCGAGCGUGAGAUUUAUUACUACUCAACUAAUCCUGGGCUAUUUAUUCCUAAAACCGCAUUUACACGCCUUGUCCUUGAUACUCUGAAGGAGGUUGCAGAAAUGAGCCUGACGCACUUAUUUGCCUGCUCGACUACACUUACAUGUCAUGGAAAACGUGCGACUCUUAUGGUUGAGGAUAUGCGCCUUGUUCUUGAGAUUUUCCAGGAAUUUCACAAAUGA